AUGGAUUUACCAAAAGGAGCAAGAAUUACACAUGCCGGACUAUUGCAACACAAUACGGAUGGCACAACGGAGUUGCAGAAAAUUACACAAGCUGGAUUAGUUGCACGCUCACCAGAAGGUACGGCUGCAAAAGGAAUGAACAUUCGCGGCAAUGAGGAUUUGUGGGUGGAAAUACAAGCAAAUACAUUCAGAAAUUGGGUUAAUGAACAUUUACGUGAUGUUGGACAUCAAGUAACUGAUCUAUCAGUCGAUUUCUGCGAUGGAACAGCUCUCUGUGCCUUAGUUGAGCAUUUACAGAAACGAAAAUUAAAGCCGUCAUGGAAUAAAAGACCGCAAAACCAACAUCAUUACUUAGAAAAUGCCACAACUGCAUUAAAUGCAAUCGAAGCCGAUCACAUAAAAUUGGUCAAUAUUGGUAAUGUUGAUAUCAUAAAUGGCAAUCUUAAGCUGAUUCUCGGCCUCAUAUGGUCAUUAAUUGUACGAUAUCAAAUUGGACGAAGUAAAUUCCCGCCAAGAAAAUUAAUGUUGGCAUGGCUACAAGCUGCUUUGCCAGAAUGUCGUGUUACGAAUCUUACAACAGAUUGGAAUAGUGGAGUUUUACUGUCAGCAUUAUUGGAUUAUUGUGAGCCUGGUCUCUUUCCUCACUGGCGUUCACUUGAUCCAAAUCAAGCAGUCAGAAAUUGUGAAAAUGCCAUGAAUCUUGCUCAUCGUGAAUUUGGUGUACCAAAAGUUUUAGAACCUGAAUAUCUUGCAUCACCAUGGCUUGAUGAGCUCUCAGGAAUGACUUAUUUAUCUUAUUUCAUGAAAACUGAUGGUCCAGGAUACAAUGCAACCAAACGAUGGGUUAAUAGUCAAAUUAAAGUGCCAGUUCACAACUUUACGACCGACUGGAAUGAUGGUCGCGUAUUUUGUGAAAUCAUCAAAGGUCUCGGUGGCAAUGCCCCAGCACCAGAAAAAAUGAGCAGUGAUCCAGCAAUGUGGGAGAGUAACAUGAGAAAAGCAGUAGAUGCCGGCAAUAGAUUUGGCAUUAAGCCCGUAAUGUCACCAAAAGAUAUGACAAGUCCAGAAGUUGAGCAUCUAGCUAUAAUGGCAUAUGCAACACACUUCCAAUGGGUAACACCGAGACCGCCAUUAGCUGAUAUGGUUGCUGUACAUCUACAAAGUACUAGUGGACGUGUAGCGGAACCAACUUAUUUUAGAAUAGAAGUUUUGGCAAAGGAUGUUGAUCCAUCAAAAAUGAAAGUUUAUGUUGUCGCUCCACAUGACAAAGGAGUCGCUACAUUAAUUAAAUUGAAUCAGCAUGGUGAAGGAACUUUUAUACCUGAUAUUUAUGGCAUGCAUGAGAUUCUUAUUGAAAUUGGAGAUGAUCGACUUGGUGGUCAUUUUUUCCGAGUCAUGCCUCGAUUAAUUCAAGUCAAGCCACCAGGAAUGGCACCAUGUGCAUUAGGAAGUUUAGUUGAAGUUCUUGUAAAUGCUACAGGUGCUCCAAGAUCAGAAGAUAUUCUUGUUACUGCAUAUUCCCCAUCCGGUCGUCCUCUAAAGUGUCCUUUAAAGAAAGUAGAUGAAGGACAUAGUGCCAUAUUUAAACCAGACGAAGCUGGAAUUUGGGAAAUUGCAAUCACAUAUCAAGGAAGUCACAUUCAAGGAAGUCCAUACACUUGUUCAGUAUUUGAUCCAAGUGGUGUCUCUGUACAUGGAUUGGACGGUGCCAUGCCAUUUAAAGCACAUGCUUUUGAGAUUGAUGCGCGAGGUGUCGGUGUCAGUGGUGAACUUCAUGUUGAUAUUGUGUGUGAAAAACAUUCAGUUGUCUGUGCUGUUGAGAAACUGCUUGAGAAUAAAUUCCGAGUCACUUUUAUGCCAAGACAGAAUGGAAAGCAUCGUGUUUAUGUCUAUUUUAAUGGAUAUGAUGUGAGAGGAUCACCAUUUAUUAUGAGAGUCGGUACAAAAGGACGAUCUGGAAAGACCAGAAGCAGUCCUAGCCAUGAAAGUGCAAGAUAUCGUUCAGAAAGUCCAUCAAUGCAUUUCAAUACAUCAAUGUUGAAGAAUGAACAUGUCAGACGUGAACUUUACUCUCCACAAAAUGCUCGAAAAUCUGGCUCAUAUUCACCACAAUUAUCACCAACAUAUAAUGAGGAACGGUAUGAAGUCAAGUCAAAACCACAAUUGUCACCAUCGUAUGGUGAAGAUCGCUAUGAAAUAAAAACAAGCAAGGAAAUUUAUUCAUCGCCAAGAUUAACAUCACCCACGCGUCUUGGAUCGCCUGGAAGAGAUUUAUAUAGUCCAAAAUUAGUUGAUGAUCAGCAACACGGAUACUCGACAGUAUUCAAAAGUGAAUUUCGUAAGGAAAUAAGAAAGAGUCAGAGUCCAUCGCUGGAUUAUGGAAGUCGAGAUGUAACUGAUACUUAUUCGAGAAAAAAUGUAUCAAAGACGAAUCUAACGAAAGAUGAGGGAUUAUACAGCACAUCAUUUUACUCAAAAUUGAAGAACGACAACACUUAUGGAAGAAAAAGUGAUUCGCCCACGCUCAUGUCAAGUCCCAUAAAUAUGCGAUCAAGUCCAAUCGUCCGAAGUCCCCUGACAGUCAACACAAGUUACGAAAGACGAGCAACUAGUCCGAGAAAUUUUGCAUCAUCGCCAUCACCACGUUUGACAAGUGAAUCUCCGGUUCGUACAUUGUUGAACACGUCUACAUCGUCAGUAUCAAAUUCUGCAUCUAAACUUAAUUCAGAGACAUAUCGCGUUACACAACAUACGUAUCGAUCAACGAUCAAUCAAAAUGCUAGUCCAGUUCCGCAAAUUAAGACGACGUCUGCGGAAGGAAUUGAUUAUUCAUCAAAUAUUUCGCCGGUUAAAGUUGGAGCAGGACGGAGAGAUAGUUGGGAUGUAUUGAAUAAGACCAAGCAUAUGUUUUCGAAUAAUUCACUUGAAUCAUUGGCAAAAUUGACGGAAGAACAACUCAACACAAAUUUGUCAUAUGACAGAUCAGCUGUUGACACUGAGACGCAUACAAAUACACAGUUUAAUAAGUUUGCAUUAUCAGACUCGUUAUAUAAAGAACGCAAUGAGAAAUAUGUUACGAAAACCAGUUCAAAUGACUACGGAUAUUCAUCAUCAGCAACAAAAUUCAUGCCAAUUGAUGAAGAUGUUGAAGGUGCACAAUCGAUUCGUGUUAGUAAUAAGCCUGAUGGAUAUUUGGGGCAGCCAUUUGAGUUUGAAAUUGAUGGCUCGCGUGCAGGCUCAGGAAAUCUCGAAAUUCUCGUUAAUGGCGGUCGUGUGACUUCUAGUGUUCGAGCUCUUGGUGGACAACGAUUUGUAGCUAGCUUUACUCCUCAUGAAACAGGAAUUCAUACUGUUCAAAUUACUUUCAACGGCGAAAUCGUACCCGGCUCACCCUGGCACAUUGAUAUCAUGCCAUCAUCACCUGGAGUAACAGCAUUAGGAGAAUCAACUCGUCUCGUACCUGCAAAUCAGCCGGCGGUUUUUGAGAUACUGCCGCCUCCUGGAUCGUCCUUAAGGGCAUCUGAUUGUGUUGCGACUGUACUUUCACCUAGUAAAAGUAAAGUUAAUGCGCGAAUCACCAACGAGGCGGCAAAUGGUGCCAUAAAAAUAGAAUUUACGCCAAAAGAAGUUGGAACACAUAUUAUUGAAGCAGCUGUUGGGGGAACAAAGCUCAUUGGAGGUCCACUUAUUGCAAAAGUCUACGAUUCAAGUCUCAUUCAAGUUACAGACGUAAAUAGCGGUAUUGUUGGUCAAGCAUGUCAAUUUCGUGUUGAUGCAUCAGCUGCCGGCGAAGGUCAAUUAGAAAUUUCAAUUAAUGAAGGUGAAGUGCCAAAUCAUGUACAAGUUGUGGGCGGUGGUCGAUGUCUCGUAUCAUUCACACCUGAACAAGCUAAGCCACAUAUGAUUGAUAUCAAAUUUAAUGGUGAAACAGUACGAGGAUGUCCAUUUGUCUGUUCUGUUGCUGAUACAAGUCGAGUUACUCUUAAUUUAACAAAUCUCGAGCUUAUUCCUGUUAAUCAUCCCGCAACAUUUUUAAUUACUGUCAAUGGAGGCGGAGCAGCUGAAUUGGCAGUAAGUGUAAGAAGUACACAAGGUGAACUGCCUGUACGCGUUACAGGCAACAUUCACUCUGGUUUCACAGCUGAAUUCACACCUGUUAGUGUUGGUGCACAUACAAUUAAUGUCGAUUACAAUGGUUAUCCUGUACAUGGAACUCCAUUCGUUUCGAAAUCGUAUGACGCGCGUAAAGUCCAAGUCGGUGCUGUAACAAAGGGCUCGGUCGGUCGUCCCGUACAAUUUACUGUUGAUGCACAUGAGGCAGGCGAAGGAAAUUUAGAAAUAACAAUUUCUGCGAAGGGACAUAAUAUCCCAACACAAGUGCAUCCGCAAGGAAAUGCUAAAUUCGCUGUUUCCUUCGUACCUGCUGAAGCAUGCGAGCAUGUAAUAAAUGUGUCAUUUAACAAAAUGCCAGUUCCUGGCUGUCCAAUAAAUGUGCAAGUCAGUGGUAAUACAUCAGGUCCUCAGGUUUCAUUAAAUGGACCUGGACCAGUUCAUAUGGCUAAUUCAUUGAUUAUUAAUAAUCCCGGCGGACGACUCGACGAUGUUGAAGUUAAUGUUGAAGGGCCAACUGGACAUUCAGUUCCAGCGCAAGUGCUACAAACAGCGGACGGUGUUUUUAAAGCUGAAUUUGUUCCAAGAAUGGUCGGUGAACACCGAGUAAGUGUAACAGUUGAAGGAAAAGAGACAGCUGGAAGUCCAUAUUCUGCAAAAGUUUACGACGUAAAUGCAAUAAAAGUUAAGAAUGUUACAAGUGGAACCGUUGGUCGUUCAGUAACUUUUUUAGUAGAAACAGCACAAGCAGGUCCAGGAAAUUUGGAAGUGACAGUUAAUGAUGGACGAGUACCGACAUCAGCUCAAGCUCAGGGCUUGCAUACAUAUGCCAUCUCAUUUACACCAAGAGAUCCACAAAAUCAUACUGUGGAGUUGAGGUUUAAUGGACAGGAUGUUCCUGGAAGUCCAUUUAGUUGCAAGAUCAUGUCAGCAGCUCGCAUUCUUGGACUCGAAACAUUAGACAAAGUUGCAGUUGACAAACCAUUCGACUUUUUCGUAGAAUCAAAUGCUGAGCCAAUUGCUGAAAUCCUCGGACCAGCACGUCGUAUUGUACCUGUCACAAUAGAAGAAGAUCUUCAAAGAAAUGGAUACUCAAUCACAUUUAAACCAAUGGACGUUGGUGAUCAUUCAGUUGAGGUUCGAUUGCCUGGAAAUGGAGGUCACGUUGAAGGAAGUCCAUUUUUACUAAAAGCAUAUUCAGCUGAGAAAGUUGUUGUCUCGGAUAUUAAAAAUGGAACUGUCGGAAAGAGUGUCAGUUUCAGCAUAAACGCAUCACAAGCUGGUGCUGGAAAUCUUGAAAUUAUUGUUGCUGUUGGUGGCAAGAAUGUCCCAAAUUUCGUCACAUCCGAAGGCAAUGCAAGAUUUAAAGUCAAUUUUAAACCAACGGAAGCUGCAAAGCAUUCAUUGUCAGUAAGAUUCAAUGGUCAAGCAGUCCCUGGAAGUCCAUUUACAUGCAACAUAACACAACAACCAAUGAUGUCGACAAUGAAAGCAAUGGCAAGUGGUGAAGCUUUAAGACAGGCACCAGUCAAUGUCGACAAUAUUUUUGAAAUUGAAGGCUUUGAAGCAGUUGAGCCACAAAUAUUCAUCACAAGUCCAGCUGGUGACAAUUUGCCGUGCAAAUUAACAUUGAGAGAUGAAGUUUGGCUUGCGGCUUUUAAGCCUAUCAUUGUUGGCAGGCAUCUUAUAAGUGUAUCAAGCGGAGAACAGCACAUAGCAGGAUCGCCAUUCAGUUGCAAUGUCUUUGAUGUCUCACGUGUCACAAUUAGUGGACUAGGACAAGCAUCACCAGCACAAUUGGGAGUUCCAAUUACAUUCUCAGUAGAUGCCGCAGGAGCAGGUGAAGGAACAUUAGAGCUUGUUGUAUCAACUGCUAAUAAUACCGUCAAAGCUGAGGUUACUGCAUGUGCACGAGGAUUGUAUGAUGUCACUUUUGUGCCACAAACCGCAGAACCACAUUAUGUUAACAUCACAUUCAAUGAUAUACCGAUUGAUGGCAAUCCAUUUAAGGUUGACAUUCAGCAAAGUGUUCAAAACGUUCAAUCUGGUCAUCCAGCAAUGGUUGAUCUCAUUGGCGAUGACUACAUACUUGAAGUAAUUGGACCAAGUCAAAAGGCAGUUCCAUACACAACAGUUGGAAAACGCAAGGCAGAAUUUAAGACCCUUGAGACCGGAAGCUAUACAUUAAGAUUUAUUGAUCGAGAAACGAGAAGCAUUGUUAGCACUAGAAGCAUGAAUGUCUUUAAUGCAUCAAUGGUUAAGAUUGUCGAAGUCGGACAAGCACAUUGCAAUCAACCAGCAACAAUUGUUGUGUCGAUUGCAGAAGCAGGCGUUGGAACUUUAUCAGCACUCGUUAAAUGUGGAGCAAUGGAAGUAGCUCAUUCAAUUCGUCAGUCUAAAAAUUCACAAUGGGAAGUCGUAUAUCAUCCAACAAGAAUUGCACCACAUAAAGUCACACUCAUGUUUAAUGGAAUUCCGAUUUCAAAUAAGCCUAUUGAAAUUAUUGUUAUGCCAAUGACUGUUGGUAAAGAGAUUUGUGUCCAUGGACUUGGAUUAUAUCAAGCUAGAGUCGGUAAGACAACAUCAUUUGCAAUUGAUACUAAUGGACGUCCAGCGAGGGAGUUUGAUGUUGUUGUGUCUGGUCCAGGAGGUCAAGCACUUCCAGUUCGUUGUUAUCAAACUAAAGGUGGACAUUUACAAGCUGAAUUUACAGUCUUAAAGACUGGAAAAUGUAAAAUUGAUGUUCUGCAUAAUGCUAAGGCACUUCCAGGAAGUCCAUACACAUGUGAAGCUUACGAUUCCGCAAAAGUUCAAGUUAUGAGCAUUCCAAAAGCUGGUCUUUCUAUAAAUCAUCCAAUUUCAUUUAUGAUUAAUACUCAUGAAGCAGGCGAUGCUGAUGUCGAUGUCACAAUUUUAUCACCGACAGGUCAGAAUGUUCCAGUUACUGUCACAAGCAAACCAGAUGAUCUAAAAAUGAUUGAGUUUGUUCCAACAAUAUCUGGUCACUACAAAUGCAUAAUCAUGUAUGGCGGUGAGCAAGUCAAGAUGCCAAUAACAUUUGCAGUCUCACAAAGUAGUAUGAAGUCUGAAUCACGUGCAAUUGGGAAUGGUUUGGAAGUAGCACAUCGGGGUAAAGAGACAUCUUUCAAUGUUUUCUGUCCAUCACCACCAAAUGUUCAAAUUGAGCAUCUCGAUGGAAAGGGCGAAAGAAUUGAGCCUAAAAUCAAGCUUCUUGGCAACAACGAAUGGCGUAUCACAUACACAAUUUUGUCAGUCGGUCGAUAUGAGAUUCGUUCCAGUUGUCCAAAUCGAGGACCACUUCCAGGCUCACCUUGGAGUGUUGCAAGUGUUGACAGCACAAAAGUUGUACCAACGACUGGAUGGGCUAUGUUCCUUGACAGUGAAGGGCGUCUUAUACUUCCAGCUAAGAUUAUUUUUGAUGCAUCUGAAGCAGGUCCUGGUGAACUUAUCUGCACAGUUGAUGGAAAUGAGAUUAAUGUUGAGAAACAAGAUGACAAAUUUAAGAUUCAUAUCACAACUGAUAACUUGUCAGCUGGUGAUCAUGAUUUUGAUCUGUCAUGGAGUGGAAUGUCAAUCGAUAAAUGUCCAAUAACUGCAUUUGUCACAUCACAACAAGCUGCUGAUAAAGUCAGUCUUACAGGACGUGGAUUAUCGACAGCACAAAUCGGCGAGUCUGCUCACUUUACAAUCGAUGCCACACAAGUCAUUCCGGUUGGUGGAAAGCCUGAAGUUAAUGUGACUUAUCAAGAUGGCUUCCAAAUUCCAGUAACUCUUAAUCAACCUCGUGCAGAUGAGCCAAUUUGGCUAGCUUCUUAUACACCACCGAAAUCAUCACAAGGUCCAUUGAAUCUUUAUGUCAAGUGGGGUGGUCGAGUCAUUAAAGGAUGUCCAUUUAGUAUAACUGUCGGAUCAUCUGUUGAUGCCAGUAAAGUUAAAUGUUCAGGCGAAGGAUUAAGACAUGGAGUUGUUGGACAACAAAUUAAGUCAUGGAUAGACACAAGACGAGCAGGACCUGGUGAACUUACAGCACAUUGUACUGGACCUAGAAAAGUUGCUUACUGUGAACUUUAUGAUCAUGGUGAUGCAACAUUCACAUUGAAUAUUAAACCACAAGAACCAGGAAGACAUCUAUUGACAAUCAAGUAUGGUGGUCAGCAUGUUGCAGGAUCACCAUUUGGUCUAAGAGUUGUUGGUGCUCCAGAUGCAAGUAAAGUACGAGUUUAUGGGCCUGGUAUUGAACAUGGGGUGCUUGCAACCUUCCAGUCAAGGUUUAUUUGUGACACACGAGGUGCUGGUGCUGGACAAUUGACUGUUAGAGUCCGAGGACCAAAAGGCGCAUUCCGUGUUGAAAUGCAGCGAGAAUCUCAAAAGGAUAGGACAAUUUUAUGCAAGUAUGACCCAACGGAGCCAGGAGACUACAGAGUAGAAGUAAGAUGGGCAGGCGAGUUGGUUCCAGGCUCACCAUUCCCUGUUAUGAUUUUUGAUACUCAGGAAGAGUUGAGAAGAUUUUUAGCCAUUGCACCAUAAAGAGAUAAUAGCCGAU